UUAAAUAAAAACAAUUUAGAGACAUGUCAUCAUAUAGUUAAAUAUUAAAAUAAUCGUCAUGCAUUUCAGACCGUAACUGCAAUACUAUUUUAUAAGUUUGUAAAACGUAAUAUCUCUUACCGAACGUGCGAACACGUGAGAUUUAUAAACAACGCUAUGUUUUAUUCUUAACAAUCUGUAUGCGUGUUUUCUAACAAAUUAUUUAGAUGUGUUCAUGCUUUUAAUCUGAAAGCUGUGUCAAUGAAUUUAUUGUAAUUCCCGUAAUAAUGUUUGUAAUGUAAUGAAUGUCACAACUUUUGUUUUAGCGGUUUCGUCCUCUACGAAUUCGAACAAUCCUGAUACACAUAACGAUAGCACGCUAUCACUUGCGGCAGCAGUGGGAGGAUCAGUUGGUGGAUUUGCCGCUGGUGUAGCUUUGGUUAUUGUUAUUAUUGUGCUAAGACGCCGGUAUCGGGUCACAUGCCCGUGUCAGCGCAGAGAAGAAUCUGGUCAUCAGUCUGACAAUAGUGACACAUACGCACGAAUAAACGCGAACGCUAGAAGCCAAGAAGGACAUAUGUACGCGGGAUUACAUGCAAACAGAAACUCUGAAUACGAUGUUGUUGAACCAGGACAUUUUGAAACCAACAUAAAUCAGCUACACCAAGAAGCGUAUGUACGAUUAGAUUCGUGCUUAAGGAAUCAAGAGAUAUACAACUCACUGACUACACCCCAGCCUCAGCCAAACAGUGAACCGAAAUCAGUAGAUUCUCAGUUGUGAAUUCAAUUGCUUCGUAGAAGAAAUGUUUUUGUUCUUUUCACAAAUAUGUAUAUCCCUUAACUCAUGUGUAUUUCUAAGUUAUACUUGAUUUAUUGUGUCGUUCACUUUCAAUCAACUUUUGAAUCACAAAUACAGUGAGUUUCAUUAACAAAGGUUAUUAGGAAUGACAAUGUUUUUGCUAUAACGGAAAAUUAUAUGUAUGUAAGGAUGGAAAAUUACGUCAGCAGAUCAAAAUUAUGAUAAUUGGUAAAGUUUGAAGUAAGUUAAGCGCUUAUAGUUCGAGGUUUAAACGAAACCAACUGCAAACAAAGUAGACUGUUUAAGUACAUGUACAGGUAACGUAGUGCUAUUUCUUGUAUUGUCAUAAAAAUAAAUGAUCUUGAUAUCAAAUCAGCCUCAGUCUUUGGAACAUGUACAUGUAGCGUUCUUUACAAUUUAUCUUACGUUGUUAUUUAUCAUUGACUGCUGGCAUGUAUAACUUGUAUCGUACGAACACCUACCAUAAUGCCACUCUAGAUAGCUGAGCUUUUUAUUUACUAUUAUUAAGGUCAAUGCCAUAGUUUGAAAACCCAAUUUUCAAAAUGUAAUUUAUAAUGCUAGAUUUUUUUAAACAGGAUUAAAUGUUUAAAGCU